CAGCUGAUUUUGACAAACCCCUACAAAGAUACAAAGAACAAUAAACCCCAUCUGGAAAAAUAAAAUUUGCUUCAUAUCCGUCAAGAAAGAAAAAUUUGCAUAAAAAACAAAUAUGAAAUAUAGAGUUUGUUAGAUCACGGUGAAUCAAGCACUAGCUGCUGCAUCCAUACAAGCGGCUUUUAACAAUCAAGGCCAACAUAAUAUUUAAUAUAAAAAAUCUUUGGUUAUAAACAAAUUAAUUCAAAAAAAUAUACAUCAAAAUGCAUUUCGCAAAUAAUAUGUGGAUAUUUUCUUUGCAACAUUUGCUCGCAUUACUCGUAAUUUUUUGUUGUGCUACGAAAGCUGAAAUUACAACAACACAAAAUGUACUACAUUCAAAUAAUGUUGAUACAGCAAAUGAAGCAACAACUCCAACAAAAACAAACGAUAUACCGGUGAGUACCCGUAACGCUGAUGCAGUAUUGUCAAUGUGUCCAAGUAUGCUGAAUUACGUAUUCGACAAUGCAACACCACGAGAUGAGGCUAAUGCAGGCACAUUCAUUGAGUAUACCAGACUUGAUACUGGAAUGGGCGAAGACGUUGAUUCGCUUUCAUGUUUAGCGGCUUGCUGCAAGAAAGCACGUACCAACGACACUUGUAAUUUGGUUUUUAUUUUUAAAAAUAAAUGCUAUCAUGUACGUUGCCUCAGCAAUGAAGGGUGUUUGCCCAAACAAAGAGAACAAACGAAAGAUCGAUUGCAAAUGAUGCUAGUGAGUCCGGUUCGAAAGCAUGGUAUAGACGAUGAGAAUCUUACCUGGCUGGAAGUAAUUAAAGCAAUGAAAAGUGGAGGCAUGGGUAUUGAAAUGCCGACGGCAGAUGAUUCGGAAAUCGCAAGUGGCGGGGACAGACAGCCAAAUUCGUUGAGCUUCUGGAAACAACCGCACAAAUUUCGCUACUUAAGUAGAAAUCAGGACCUUUCCACCUACGACGAGGAUGAAACUACUAAUGCAGAAAGUGUAAAACAAAUGUUCUUGCCAAUGCCUAGAAAAAACGAAAAUUUAAAUUUCUUUGGUUCUAAUCUGGCGCGUGAAUUAAACAAAUAUAUUCAAUGCGAAUUGGAUAUGUCCGAAUUGGGAGCGAAUAGUCGUUGCGGACCAAAAGAAGUAUGCAUACCAUUGCGUUCAGAAUCGGCCACUGGUAUCUGCCAGUGCCUCACUGGAUUGGUGCGUAAUCCACAAGGCGAUUGUGUACCAACAGAUGCAACGGCCGCUGAUUAUCCCAUAUUAGAAGAUAUUUCGCCGCAACGUCUCUCCAUGACGUCUGCGGCAUCCGAGCUAUUACCCUCCAUUGCCGGCCAGGACAAGGAAGAUGAUAAUGAACACGUUGUAAUCACUACAGUAAAAGCUGAAACCGACAAGAAACUUGUAGUAUCUGUAGUGUCAAAAGAAGUACGUUUACCGGAAAAGGAGGUAACACUGGCUGCAUUUACUGUGCCCGAUGAGGAGACCACUGGAAACAAAUAUAAAUAUUUAUGGACACUUGUAACACAACCCAAAGGUCCUAUGAACGGCACGAUUUCGGAUCAAAGUCAAUCCAAAGUGCGACUAUCAAAUCUCUCCGAAGGUUUAUAUAUAUUUAAAGUUUCUGUAAGCGGUGAUAAUGGCACCUAUGGGGAGGCAAUGGCUAAUGUAACGGUACUGCCAGAAAAACGUACUAAUCGUGUACCACAAGUGGUGAUUAAGCCCAAGGAGCAAACUAUACGUCUGCCCAUUACAAAUGCGAUUUUAGAUGGUAGCACAAGUACGGAUGAUGAUAAAAUUAUUAGUUGGCAUUGGGAGGUGGUACAGGGCCCAAUCGGUUAUCAACCUAAAUUGCCUGAGGUGAAUAUAUUGCAAUUAGGUGAUCUUAACUCGCCUGGCAACUACACAUUCAAACUAACUGUUUCUGAUUCGGAUAAUGUAACAAAUUCUACAACAGCUAAUAUAACAGUAUUGAAAGGUACUGAUUACCCGCCGGUGGCCAAUGCUGGUGAUGCAGUCAUACUUUACUUGCCGAAUAAUAACGUGACCUUGAAUGGAACUGCGAGCACCGAUGAUCACGAAAUCGUUGCCUGGGAAUGGACAAAAGAUGCUGGCGAUGAUACUAAAGCUGUUGAUAUGCAAAACACACGCACUCCAUACUUACAGCUCUCCAAUUUGGAGGAAGGCAUCUAUACAUUCGUUUUAAAAGUAACUGAUGGUAGUGGUCAAUCUAGCACCGCCAAAGUGCAUGUAUUUGUAAAGGCGCAAACAAACACACCGCCUGUAGCUGUCGCGGGUGGAAAUCAGACUAUAAAUUUGCCACGCAAUUGGGUUAUACUUAACGGUUCCGCUUCCACCGAUGACAUACGCAUAAAAAGUUAUUUGUGGAAACAGAAAUCUGGACCAAAUACUGCAGCAUUGGCCAAUAGCACAGCUGUGACCACAAAUGCCACUUCUUUAACAUUGGGUUUGUAUGAAUUCGUUUUGAGUGUAACAGAUGAGGAUAAUAAUACAGCAGCUGAUAGUGUUUGGAUAAAGGUUGUGCAAGAGAAAAAUGCCCCGCCUGUCGCCAAUGCUGGUGGCGAUCAAAGCGUUACGUUACCGCUUUCGGCGCUCUAUCUGAAUGGCUCUUCGUCAUCGGAUGAUUUAGCUGUAGAACGUUAUGUAUGGACGCGUGAUGAUACCAGCUUAGCGGCGGGUGUUGUUGUUGGUGACAGCGAUAAGCGUCCCGUGUUGAUUCUAACAAAUCUUGUGCAUGGCCGUUAUGUAUUCAAAUUAACUGUUUACGAUGAGCAAGGUCUCUCCAGCAGCGACACAGUCAGCAUUAUAGUACAUGCCGAUCCACUCCUAUUGAAUUUAGUGCAAUUAACGCUACCCAUGGGUCCAUCUGUACUGACACAAUCUGAAUUAAACUUGAUUGUACAAAAAAUUGGCUUACUUUUGGGUGAUAUGAAGAUAUUUGUGCGUGAGCUCAAAUGCGAUGGACGGCGGGCGGAUUCAACAAUACUGGUUUUCUAUGUGGAGUCCAUCGGUCCGGAUGGUCAAAGUCAUCCGGUUAAUGGCUUGACCGUUGAACAGCUACUUAAAGACAAGCUACAACGUGAUGCUGGUCUGUUGGGUACCGAUUUUACAGAUAUACGCACAACUAUUUGCCAAAAUAAGUGUUCCGGUCAUGGUGUUUGUAAUCCCGUUACGCGCGCCUGCAUCUGUGAGGCCUUCUGGAUGCCAUCUAUAACUUACUACUGGGGCAUAGAGGAGGCUAAUUGUGAUUGGUCUAUUUUAUAUGUUUUUGUCGGUACCAUAACAAGCUUUUUACUAUUAUCCGCUUUCUUCUGGGGCAUCACCUGUGCUCGUAGGCAAACGAAAAAACCACCGAAACGACCAAAGUUACAAAAGUAUUCGCUAAUUGGCAAUAAUGAUGAAGAGGCACCGCAAUUUUGCCGCACAACAUCGCUGAGCGAUUCCGAGACAGAUUCGGAUGUGCUCUUCGAAACACGCACAAAACCAAAUGGUAUUCUACGUAACACAGCAAAAAAUACUAAACAUAAUAGCCAUGGUCAAAAUAAAUAUACCAUAACGAAAUUAGGACGGAAAGUAAAGACGUAAAUCUGUGUGAUUAUGUACUUUCUAUUUAUUGUUCCUUCUAUUACCAUCUUGGUUCCUUGGGUUUUAUAUGAAUGUAUGUAACUUAACUAGUUUUGUACUUAUGUAUAUAUGUAUGCUUUUUACUUGCAUAUGUAUGUAUGUAUGUAUGUAUACACGCUUCAAUUCACGUCGCGUUAACUGUGUUAAAAUUAAUUACAGCAAAUGAACAAUGUUUUAUUUACGUAUAUGUUUUAAACGAAAUUAAUAAUUAAAAUUUAUAUACGUGUAUGUAUGUAUGCUUUGAUAAAUUGCAUAUUUUAUAUACAUACAUACAUUCGAUAUAUUUACGCAACAAAAGCGCAUAGCACUGAACACAUUCCACAUUAAGUAUUUAGUAUUACAAAAAAAAAUUUUAUAUUAUUGUAUAUGUAUAGAAGCAACCCAAAGAAAAUACUUUAAACUUGCCUUUUAACUCUACUUUUACUUUAAUCAUUCCAUUUUAUUUAUUUUAAGCUGUAUUUGAUUGUUUUCAAAAAAAAAAAAGUAUUUUUAUUAUUUUGUUAUUAUUAUUAUGUUUUGUUCUUUUUUAUUUUGUUUGUACAACAACUUCAAAUGUGUGCAAUGUAUUUGAGUCUUAGCAGAACAACAACAACAAUUAUACAACAAUGUCUUUAUAUAUGUACGUAUGUAUAAAUGUACUUAAUGUAAAGCUGAAAUAGUAAACUAUUUACUUAAAAUAAAUAUUGUAAAACAACA